UUUCUUUCUCUAUCAGUUAUUUCACAAUUUCUUCACAAAUGGGCGCGAAUCAGAAGGGCGAGAGCGGCGACCAGAAGAAGGCCGACGGCGGCAAGAAGGGCGGCGGCGGCGACAAUGCUUUGGUGGUUCUCAAGGCCGAUUUGCAUUGCGAGGGUUGUAUUUCCAAAAUCGUCAAAACCAUUCGAGGCUGCGAUGGUGUGGAGGAUGUGAAGGUGGAGCUGAGCGCUAACAAGGUGACAGUGACGGGGAAGGUGGAUCCGGCGGUGGUGAAGGAGAAAGUGGAGGCGAAGACGCACAAGCAAGUGGUGGUGGUGUCGCCUGCGGCGGGCAACAAAGGCGGCGAGAAGGCGAAAGACGGAGGAGGGGGAGGCGAAAAGCAGAAGCAGAAGAAGAAAGAGGACAAGAAGGGUGAGGAUUCAAAGGAGGAGAAGAGUAAGGGAGAAGAUGACAAGAAGAAGGCGAAGGAGAAAGAGCCGGCGGUAACGACGGCGGUGUUGAAGAUGAAUCUCCACUGCGAAGGAUGUAUCCAGAAGAUCUACAAGAUCGUCAGCAAAACCAAAGGAUAUCACGAAAUGAAACUGGACAGGCAGAAGGAGGUGGUGACGGUAACGGGAGCAAUGGACAUGAAGGCUUUAGCGGAGAACCUGAAGAAGCACCUGAAACGGGACGUGGAGAUCGUGCCGCCGAAGAAGGAAGGCGGCGGCGGCGGCGAGAAGAAGGAGAAGGGCGGCGGCGGCGGGAAUGAGAAGGGAAAUGAUAAGGGAAAGGGCGGCGGAAAGAAGGAAGGCGGCGGCGGCGGUGGUGACGGGGAGAAGAAUAAAGAAGAGGCAGCAAACAAAAUGCAAGUGCAAUUGGGGUACCCGUAUCAGGGUCCGUACCCGUAUAUGUAUGGGCCGGGUUAUGUACAAGACCAGAUGUACUACAAUUACCCUCAUGCCCCUCAGAUGUUCAGUGACGAGAACCCAAAUGCUUGUAGCGUUAUGUAAUAUGACACGACGGAAUGUUCUAGAAUGCGUUGUUACAGUUGUAAAUAAAUUGCGUAGUGGCAGAACAAUAUCUGCGUUUUUGGGUUCUAAAUUCUUAAUCAUUUACUUAUUUUAGCUAGAAAAAAAAAACAUUACACUUCCAGUUCCUUAAAAAA